CCUGGCGGGUGUGGCCCGCCGGCGAGAGGGCAGAGGCGGCCCUGGCGGCGAGAGGGCAGAGGCGGCCGCCGAUGAAAACGACAUGUGGACGGCGGGAAGGGUGACCGGAAUUUUGUUUCACGGGGUCUUGGCAGCUCUGGUGCUGCUGGGAGCCCGGGACGUCUUCUUUCAGUAUGAAGAGAACCGGUGCAGCAUGACCUACAUGUUCGACUACCCGGAGUACCUGAGAAUAAAAUUACCUAAGAAAAUAUCCAAACGUUACCCAGCCUACGAGCUAUAUCUCUACGGGGAAGGAAUUUCUGCAGAAGAAAACAGAAAUCUAAUCUUAACAGGAAUUCCUAUCCUUUUUCUUCCUGGCAAUGCUGGGAGUUUUAAGCAAGUACGUUCUCUUGGAUCAAUAGCAUUGAGAAAGGCAGAAGAUAUGGAUUUCAAAUAUCAUUUUGAUGUCUUCAGUGUGAAUUUCAACGAGGAACUUGUUGCACUAUAUGGUGGAAGCCUACAAAGGCAGACGAGAUUUGUGCAUGAGUGUAUUAAAAUAAUUCUUAAAUUAUAUAAGGGUCAUGAAUUUGCUCCCCGCAGUGUUGCAGUAGUAGGUCAUUCCAUGGGUGGUCUUGUUGCAAGAGCACUAGUGAUUCUUAAACAUUUUAAACCCGAACUUCUCAAUAUUCUUAUUACUCAAGCGACACCUCAUGUUGCACCUGUAUUGCCUUUAGAUCAAUAUCUUGCUGAUUUUUACUCAACUGUGAACCAUAACUGGAUUCAGAAGGCUCAAGAAAUAAGGAAUCUAACAACCCUUUCUGUAGCAGGAGGAUUUCGAGAUUAUCAAGUUCGCUCUGGAUUGGCUUUUCUGCCCAGUUCAAAUAGUCAAAAUUGUGCUUUAUCUGUUGCGAGUUCAGCAGUUCCUCGAGUCUGGGCUUCCACAGAUCAUCUUUCCAUUGUUUGGUGUAAGGAAUUGAACUUGGCUACCGUCAGAGCAUUUUUUGACCUUAUUGACGACAAUACUAAACAGAUAACAGAAAAUCCCCAAAGAAAAAUUCUGGUCCUGAAUCACCACUUUUUAAGGUAUCCAGGAAAACUCUUUGAAGAAAGACCUGAAUCACUUACUGAGUUAACAGAAGCAUCAGUUUGGAUUAAUAUAAAAACUUCAAAAUGGUCCUACAAAGGAUACAAUGAAUCAGAUGGAAAAUAUUUUAGUUUUUCCCUCUCAAGCCAAAGAAAAUCAUUCACUCAUAUUUACUGCCAAAACAGUAUAUUGGAUACAAAUAGCUGGAUAUUUGGUUGUGUAAACAGUACUUCACCAAAGUGUCUGCAAGCAAUUGACUUGUCUUGGAAUGCUGAGUUACUACCAACGGUCAAGAUUGUGACUUUGAAACUUCAAGAUUAUCCAUCUUUGACUCAUAUUGUGCUUCAUGUUCCAGUAGUUAAUGGUAUUAAGUUUACUUUGGACUGUGAGUUCUUUAAUGAAGUUUCAAGAACAGUGCAACUCCCUGUAACCCAUCUUUUUAGCUUUGGAUUUUCUUCAAGCAAAAUCAUACUAAAUUCAACUGGCCUUAUUCACAUUGUUCAGCUCCAACAUUUUGGCCAGAUAUAUCAGGCUUUUAACAUCUUUAUAGAGAGUAAAUGCCAGAUUCUCAAAGAAAGAAAACCCAGUGUAUAUCAACUUCAUAUACCAUGGUCACAUGAAGAUUCCUUAACUUUGUCACAGGAUUCUUUGACUGAGAUUUCUGCAAAAUUGCACAUUGCACAGCCUGAAAAUGACUCUACAGUUCCUUUGUUGAAAAUAUAUUCGUCUUCAGAUUGUCAAUAUGAAGUAACUGUCAAGACCUCUUUUCUGCAGGUCCUUGGUCAGGUGAUAAGAUUCCAUGGUGGCACUCUUCCUAUGUACAUUAUUUCUAAUAUUCUUCUUGCCUACAGAAGACAGUUAAGGUCCCUAGUGUCAACAGGUCAGUGUUCAGACUUUGUUCCUGCACUUACUAAAGCAGCUAAGCCUUAUAAAAUAGAACCCAUAGCAUACAUGAUUAAGUUCUUGUUGGGACUUAACUGGUUUAAAGGACUCAGGAAUUCAGAGCUGGAUCGUGUCACAGUGAACAACCAGGACUUGUGGUUUCCUUUUGUAUCCCUGAUUCUCUUUAUGUUUGGGACUGGCAUAGCCUAUUGGGGUGGCAUACUUCUUGAAUCGUCUAUAAGGCUCUUAUCUUCAUUGCAAUUAGUUUUGACAAGACCCUCUGGACUUCCAUCUGACAACAGUCUGAUUACCCGAUUAAGGUUUUCUGUUGCGGUUUCAAUGUUUUUUCUUAGCUGGACUACCUGUGGAGCACUGGCAAUAAUGAUGACUUAUUUUCAUUAUAUAUUCAAGGUUGUUAAUUUCCAUUCAAAUUUAAGAUCUGAACUAAGUGUUUGUAAUGCGCCCAUAAAGAAUCCAGAACCUAAAUCAGAUGAUUCAGAAAACGAAGGGAGGAACAGCUGCAGAUCAGAGGAUUGCCCUUCAGAAGCAAGAAACUCAUUUAGCACCACCAUGGCCAAUGACAGCAUUAUAGAUAGCCUUAAGAUGCAUGUUACUGUCAUCAACUUAAUCACAUGGAUUGUGCUUCUUAGUUGUCCAUCUUUAAUUUAUUGGCUAAAAAAUAUCAGAUACCAUAUCAGACUUGAUCCUGAUCCAUGCAGAUUUGUUGCUGUUAUUCUGAUAGUCAUUUUGGGUAUACUCAUGAAUACAAGUACUACAAAACUUAAAUCAAGUAAAUUAUUGAAGAUUGCAGCAUAUUUUCCAGUUCUUUUCUCUGUUGCUGCUGUAGUUUUUGCACCUGUUUAUUUAUAUCAAAUGCCAUACUUUGUAAUAAUUCCUCUUUUUUUACAUUCAUUGUGCAGCAUUGUGUAAAAUCUUUAGCUGGCCAAAACAGUAAUAGAUGCAGAAGUAUAGAUAAUAUAAGAAAACCUAAGCCACAUCUUCUAUCAGUGGUAGAAAAUGGAAGGGCUUUAGGUUUCCAAAGGGAUAUUUCAUGACAAGAGAACAAUAUUUUUACUUACUAAUUUUUAAAAGAAAUGCAUAAAUCUGUUACUCAGUAAGCACUUUGUUCUUGAUACUGAAGGAAAACAUGGUUGCAUCGGUUCCUUGGUAUUGAAGCAAAUGGCUUAUACUUAUUUAUUUUAAAAUUGCAAGUUUUUAUGUCCAAUAUAUUUCUGUGUACUUACUUCAUUGAAUCACCACUCCCAUAUUUAUUUUGGCAAUAUUACUGUUGGAGUAAAUAAGAUAUCAGUUUGUAUUGCAAAAUAACUUCAUACAACCAAAACCUUUUACAUAAUUAUUUGAAUUCAAGAAUUGAAGAAUUAGACAUCCAGCCACAGUAGAAAUGGAACGUUAAUAGAGUAUUUUCUGCAUAGAAGCCAUUUUAUUCAAGGGCAGUGAAACCCUGCAUUGUGUAAAUGAUCAUUUCUCUAAUACAUUUCUUUCUAGAUACGUCACUGGACAAUUCUUAUAAUUCAUAAUAACCAUGUUGGAAAGACCAGGUUAAAGAUAGACAAACAAGACAAUUCAGAAAACUUCCUUAGAGCCACAUACAGAGAUUUUAAAAAUGCAUCCAGGAAGUAUUUCAUUAGAGUAACAUUUUGCUAAUAUCAUUCAGCACCUCUUAGGUCCAUCAGAACUUAGUAUAGAGCUAGGCACUUCUAGUUCAUUGGGAAAAUCUUUCAAUAUUAUUUGGAUUGAUAAAAUGUAGGCGUUAAAGAAAUCAAUACUUAUCUGUGCACAAAGAAGUUUUAAAAGGACUUGCCUUUCGACAGAACUAUGUUAAUGUUACAUAUAACCAUUCAAAAAGCAGCAAAUAUUUGGUUCUUUAAAUAAAAUGUAUAAGGCAUUAUAUCUAGAGAUAAAUUUUUGCUGCUUUUGCAUAUUGCCAUGAGCUUAAAACUUGGCAAUCAUAGUAUUUCUUAGUAGCUCUUUUACAUAAUGGCUAAUUUCCUCUUCCUGGAGAGAUUCUUCCUCUAAACAAAGUUAUAAUAUGUAUUUUCCUUACUUGUAUCCACUAUAAUUCCUGCCUAAAGUGCCUUUGGUUAGGUAUUUGUCUCUCUUGUUUAUCAUUUUUUUUACCUAAUUUAUUAAAAAAAUAUUUAUAGAAUUGUUCUGUAAUAUUAACAAUUUAGUAGAUUGUGCUAUGUGUGAAUCAUUACAUGUGUUAAUGUUACCAUCUUUACAUGGAAUGCUUCAAGGUCAAGCCAGUCUUGGUAUUCAGACAUACUUUUAAUAGGAUAUUAAAACAUUCUUAGGUAAGUCUCUUGAAAAAAGUCCUCCAAUAUCUAAUUUUCAACUGAUUUUAUGGCACUAAAUUGAGCUAUCGGUAUAUUCUGUGUCCUACUUAAUGGAUGACUUACAACAUCCGCAACGAGUUUCUUUUUUUACUGCUAAUACUGGGCUUUUUGCCAACAGCUGGCAGAGCAUUAAGUAGUGCAAUCUAUUCUCAGACCUCGUUCAAUGAAGACUGACCUUGGAAAGCAUUUCUAUGUCUCUCAUAGCUGUAUGCUAAAUAGAAUUUUGGCAGUGACCUUUUGUCUCUUGUCAGUGCUACAGCAAGGGAAAUGGUACUUGCCAAAUUAUCCAUUCUCAAGCAGAAGCUAAGGGCACAAAAGUUCUCUUCAAAUUCAUGCAUUGGCAUCUCCUGGGAAGCUUGUCCUUCUAAUCAGAUGCCGAUGAGAACUUCAAUUGUUAAAAGUCAUAAUAGAUUUUAGUAAAGGCUCUGUUUGACUGUAUAACUUGCAGUGCAUAUGGUGUGGAUAUGUGUGUGUCAUAGUAGCUAAUAUUUAUUAACAUGGUAGCUUAUUGCAUACCAGUUCAUAAUCUAUGGCUAUUCAGACUGAAAGCAUUAGAAGUUAAGGAGCUAUCCAAUACACUUUAGAAUCUGUAAAACACCUUUGGACAAUCUAUUAUGGAUUUACCGGUAUGUAUUACUAGAAAAUCAAAGCUGCUGAUUGUGGUCUGAUACCUGUGUAUGAGAAGUGGGUGAAUUGAGAAAUCUCUAAUCAUAUUCUUAGUGAAUGGCUGCUAUUUUACAUGCUAUGUGAAUUGUGCAUAAAUAGGAUGUAUAGUACUUUUAUUAUCCUUUUUACAUAUUUUUGUACCUGCCUAUAAAUGAAUAAUUUAUAGUUUUAGAUUGUAUAUUGAGAGUAGUUUUACACUUUUAUCUGAAAUGUUUUGCUUUUUUCCUAUUUUGGAUCACCUUCUCUUUUUGCUUUUAAUUUGGAUUUACAGUGUCCAUUAAAAAAAUAAGAAACAAUGUAAUUGUAGCCAGGCUACGCACAAGAAAGCCCAUUUGAAUGACAUUUUCUUCAGUUAAACAUGCAACUGUGUAGGACUGUAGGUAUUUCAGAAAGUAGUCUAAGGAAAAUUUAAAACUAAAACAUCACUACUUUUUAAUAGAGUCUAGGCCAGGGGUGUCAAACUGGCAGCCCGUGGGAUGGAUGCAUCACGUGCAGGACAUGUCCACCCCGACUCCGCAAAGGCAAAAAAUGUCACAAUACGUCAUGUGACGUGAUCGGGUUUGACAUCCAUGAUCUAGGCAGUCUCAAGGAAUCAACAAGAGCAGCCAUAUUAAAUUCCCACAGCUGAAUUAAACAUUAUCAUCAUCAGUAGUAGUAGUAGUAGUAGUAGUAGUAGUAGUAGUAGUAGUAGUAGUAGAAGAUGGCAGUGUUACAUUAGCCAGAAGAAUACAGUGCUAAUGCAGAGUAUUAGUUUGGCUGCCAAUCUCUGUUGUACACAUUCAGGUGCACCACAGGAGGGUGAACUAGAUUUGCACUAGAAAGAAAGAUGAGCAGUUCUUCUUGCAGCUCUUCCUCAUCCAAGGCCCCCUCCUUCUACCGGAGCCACCUCACAAAUGGGUGUCACAACUGUUCAGGUUCAGAGCCAGCAGCAUGAACUACCAGCUCAUCUCCCCACCGAAGCAGUAUUGGUUUAUCUAUUUGCAUAGAGCAUGUUUUUAAUUGCUAGGUGGGCAGAAACUGAGGCAAGUGAUGGGAGCUCACCCCACCAUGCAAUGUUAGGGCUUGAAGCACUGGAGCAGAAACCAUCUCCAGUUUCACAAAGCUACUGAGCCACCGCACCUCAAUUAGACUUUGAGAAAAUGCUUUUUCCUAAAGAUUCAAAUUGACUUCUGUAUAUCUUUAGGAUCAGAAACCAAUUUGGAAAUAAGAACUGUUUAAGAAUAAAACUUUGAAUUCUUACAUGUGUAAUUGGCAUGGAGGGUUAAACAGUAAUGAGAACUGUUGGAGAAACUAAUAAGAAAAGAGGAGGGACCAUAUUCAAAAUCUCCAUGCCUAGGUCCAUGUGAUUCAGGGAUGACUGUUUUUGGUUCUGGUUCCUGAAGAGCAACUUUCUCAUGUAACCACUAUAUUAAAAACAUGAGAAACUGAGUAGACUUUCGAAAAUUUCAGAAGGGCCUGGAGGGUUGCAGUUGAAAGGAGGGCAUGUUCCAAUCCUUCAGAUCUUGGAAUUAUGCAUUAAGCAUAAAUAUAUUGUGCAACUUUGAUUUUCAAACCUGCUUGUUUUUUUUAAUAUUGCUUAGCCAGUGGGCUACACAUGCCUCAAACAUUAAUUUAUAAAUACCUCUAUUCAGAAAUGCUAGAUGUAUCCUUAAAGAUUUCAAUCACCAUUUCUGAUCUCUAGUGCCUCUAAAAAAAAAUAUGAGUAUCUGCCAAAAGAAAUUAUCUAGCAAAGAAAUAAUUUGCAGUAAAGGAUGACCUGUUUACACACUUGGAUCUCAGACCCAUUUUGUGCGAUACAGUUGAUAGAAUUAUUCAUUUCAUAACUCAUAGCUCUUAACAUCUGCAUGGGCUCUGUACUGUUCGUGCAAUAAAGUAUCUUUCUGUCCACUGCACUAUAUUCUGAACAUUAUGAAAUAUUUUAGUCCCUAAGUAGCCUUGAUUUUAGGGUUAAUUUUGUAACCUGAGAGAUGCUUCUUCAGUUGCAAUAUUAAUCUUUUGCUUCCUUUUUCUAGAAAAUAAGAUAGUGUAGCUAGAUCAACAUUAAUAUUAACUAUUUUAGAAAUACAUGACGUUUGUUAAAAGUAUUUGUAAUUGUUAAUAUAUUUCUGGAUAUUUAUGCCAAGGAAGUAUGAACAGCUUACCCAUGCUUUGGAACGAGUAAAGAAUACCUUUUUAGUUAAUUUUUAUAGAUUUUUGAAACUUGAUGCUAAUCUGCGUGAUAAAUAUUUAAGGUGAGAAACAUACUUGAAAUAUUUUCAUUCAUUAAAAAAAGCGUAGCUUGAUUAUUCAGUAGUGGCAUUUUAGUGAACCAACUUGCAAAAUAUUAUAGUUAAAUUCACAGUUCUAGUGGUUUUCAUCUUCUCGUGAACAAUUGUUCACCCAAGAGCAUAUGCUGUAAUAUUUUCAUAAUGAAUAUUAUUUGAAAGUCCAGCAGUAUGAAUCCUGUUUCAAAGUACUGAGCACUAAACUUGGACAUCUAGAUAAGUUUCCUGAAUUUUAAUAAUAGCUCUACUUUCUGUGAAUGACAUGUUGCUUUUAAAGUUUAAAAAAAGGUGCAGACUAUGAUAUUUCAAGGGAUGGAGGGAAGUCAAAAUUGUGACAGGAAUAUGUGUGGAAGCUCUGGGAUGCAGCUAGAUUUGUGAUUUCAGUUUCUAAAAUAUAGUGGACAGGAAGCCUUGACUUAUGAUCUUAUGACCCCAGAAUUACAAGUAGUAAGUUGUGCUAGUCAUUAACCAUGUCACCAUGAGACCAUCCCCAACUUUGCUACGCGUAAUCCUCAAUUUACAACCACAAUUGAGCCCAAAAUUUUUGUGGCUAAGUGAGACAUUGGUUAAAUGAGUUUUGCCCUUUUUAUGACCUCUCUUGCCAUGGUUGUUAAGUGAAUCACUGCAGUGGUUAAGUUAGUAAAACAGUUGGUAAGUGAAUCUGGCUUCCCCACUGACUUUGCUUGUGAGAAGGUUGCAAAAGGUGAUCAUUGCAACUGUCAUAAAUAUGAAUCAAUUGCCAACCAUCCAGAUUUUGAUCACGUGAUUAUGGGGAUGCUGCAAUGGUUGUGUGAAAACUGGUCGUAAGUCACUUUUUUUAUUGCUGUUGUAACUUCGAACAGUCACUAAAUGAACUGUUGUAUGUUGAAGACUAUUGGUGUCUUUUUGCGGUGGUUGUUAAGUGAAUGCUGCAGUUGUUAAACAAAUCCAUUGUCCACAAUGGACAUUUUUUGCUGGAAAACGGAAGUAAAUGCUAGUGUUUGUCAAAAAAAUCAUAAAUUGCGUGCCAGUUGCCAAGUGCAAUCACAUGACCACAGGGGGUAGGGCGUGGGCUCUUUAUGUAUAUGACUGCCCUGCCCCAUUAGGCAACUGGUUGUAAAUCAAGGAUUAUCUAUAUUGUCUAUUUUCUAUAGGCUACUGGAUUAAGUCAAACUUUAUUGGCAUACUAUCAUAAACAAAGUUGCCACAAGACUUUUAAAAAUAGUAAAAGGGUAGAAUCUGAUAUAUCACUCAUAAUAUAAUUAAAGUUUAGGAGGAGGAGAGAUGUUUAAUUCCCUCUGCUCCCCUGUCCCUUUGGAGAUUUUAAAAAUCUUUUCUAAGUCUAAGAUAAAGGUAAAGGUUCCCCUCGCACAUAUGUGUUAGUUGUUCCCGACUCUAGGGGGCGGUGCUCAUCUCCGUUUCAAAGCCGAAGAGCCAGCGCUGUCUGAAGAUGUCUCCGUGGUCAUGUGGCCAGCAUGACUAAACGCCAAAGACGCACAGAACGCUGUUACCUUCCUAUCAAAGGUGGUCCCUAUUUUUCUACUUUAAUUUUUUACGUGCUUUCAAACUGCUAGGUUGGCAGAAGCUGGGACAAGUAACGGGAGCUCACCCCGUUACGCGGUACUAGGGAUUUGAACCGCUGAACUGCCGACCUUUCGAUCGACAAGCUCAGCAUCUUAGCCACUGAACCACUACAUCCUAAGUAUCCAUUGUUUAAAAUAUUUUUUACUCUUUUCCUUUUCAAAAAUUUACAGAAAAUCAUGUUGCAAAGGAUUCCAUCACUAGAAAAGAGAGAGAGAGAGAGAAAUUGUCUCUUGAAACCCUUGAUAUACAUACCCAUAAUGGCUCAUAUCCUCUUCAUAAUUUGAUUUGAGUGGAAUUUUUUUAGUGAAAAAAACAAAGUGGGUACUUUUAAAUAAACAAUCCUGAAUGAAUUUUGCAGUACUACAGCAUAGAAAGGAAGGGAUUCAAAAAGGACUACUAUCCUUUAUCAAACAAUGACAUUACUUCACAUUUUUACAAAUAUACAUUUAAACAUUUAUUUAGUAUAAUUAAUUAUAUUUACAUGUAAACAUUUACAUGUAAACAAGUAACAUUUAAAAAUGUAAAAAGGGUUCAUCACAAAUGAAAUAAGCCAUUGAUUAAAACAAAUGUAUAAAGAUUUCCAUCCACUAAAAAAAGUUUAAAAAUGUAGAUAACAGAUAGAUAAAAGUAUUAGAUAGUAUCUCCAAAGUAUUUCCAGAUGUUGGAGACAAUAAACUUCAGAACAUUUUUAUAGCAAUGUAUAAAAACAAACCAAAAAUGUAAAUUUCCUUACAAUAAAUUUUAGUUGUAUUGUUGCUCAAUAGUGAAAUGGGCAGCAUAUACAUUUAAUAAAUUAAUAAAUACAUAAAUAAAAAAUUCUGUCCCAGAGACACUUGCAAAUUAUAUGUUCUUAAUUAUUUGAAGACAGAGUUCCUUAGUCUUUUGUAGCCACUAGGCAUACUUGGAAAUUUCAAAGCCUGUUAGCAGGCAUUCCCACUAAAUGUUUGCUAUGAUCGGCAUAUCCAGUCAUAACAGAAGGCAAACAAACACUGGAUUUUACACACAUGCACACACAAGCUCUUUAUUUUUCAGGUUGGUCCCUAAUAUAGGGCUCAGAGGCAUCAUUAGAAAUAUAGGUUGGUUCUGGUUCUUGCAGCAUGCUAGCUUACUUUAAAAAAAAGUAAGUUGGGGAGGAAAUUUAUUAGCUGGGAAGAUAUGUUGACAAGCACAGUGCUGCUGGGUACUAUUAUUGGGGAAUGCCAAAAAAAGCCAUAGAGGAAAGAAAUGUAGUUCUCUUCAUUCAGUUCCAGUGGAGGUUAAUCUUCUCAAUAGAAUCUUUUAAUUCCACUGACUGACUCCUUCAUCUUACUUAAACCCUGUGUCAAUUACAAUAGGCAUUUCUGUUACAAAAUAGUGUACUGAUGGAAUGGCCAAUAUCUUAGUGUUCCUGUUACACAAGGUUCUCUUCAUUUCUGGGAAGCUUGAUAUGCAAAGUCAGUUAUUCUAUAAAGUGUUACACUAAGCAGUUUUGACUGAUUUUUAGUGGUUUGGUUAGGGUCAUUUUAUAAGCUAGAAUAAGAUUUGUUGUCUUUUACAAAUAUCCAUGAUUAAAGUUUGUGAAGCUGAUGAUUAGCUGAAUUAAAUAUAUUUUUGAGUUUUUAAAAACAGUUAUUUUUCAUUUUUGUUAGAUAAGUUCAUUUUUGGUGCUAAUUAACAAUAUAAAGAUCAGUUUUUAAAUAAUCUUAUUACUAUGGUCAAAUGCUUAUUUGUAGAUACAGAUGCUGUAGUGCACAUAAUAGAAUUACAGUCUCAUAAAUAUGCUCCUUUUAUGGAUUACUAAUUUCAGUAGAUAAAUGCAGUCCAUUGCUAAGUUUCUCACCAUGUUCUUGUUGAAUCUUGCCAUAGGCAGAUGUGUGCAUAUUUUUGAGCCUACAUGGAUCUCUGAAUGGAACCAUUCCAUUCCCUGAGGCAAUAUUACACAUUUGAAUCAAAGACAGUUACUAUCAAUCAUCACUUAAAUGAUUCAAGGGUAUCAUAUUUCUGUCAGCAUUUGAAUAUAUUUUCAUUUCUGAAAUAUGUUUGUGUGUGUGUGUGUGUGAGUGCUAAAUAACCUACACUAUUCAAUUUAAUUCUCUAUUUCAAAUGUGAAAAUUAAAAUAUGGCUCUCUAGAGAAAUUAGGCAUCUGAAAGUAAUGUUCUUAACAUAAUUCUUUGUUGACAACUAGUUUCUCUUUGUACCUGACUUUUCUUAUUAAUUUCUUAAGACAAUCACUGGCUUGAUUGUAGGAUUAUGCAAGGAUGAAAGAAGUGUGGACUUGUCUUCCAUAUCUGUCUAUCACUUCUUUCAGUUGUAGCUUCCAUUCUACAAACGUCACAUUGCAUAUUCUGCAGAUUUCAGAAACAGUUUUUAGAAGAAAGAGCAGGACUGUUCUGUUGCAAAAGAAUUCUGCUCAAGCAUUUUUGCACUGGUCAUUCUUAGAUUAUAAAUAUCCAUUUCUGCAAUGUGUUGAUGUACUAUUCUGAAAAAGAUUACAUUUGUGAGACCAUAAACUUUAUUUUCAUAAUAAACAUGACUAGUUUUGUUGGCUUUUUCUGUUAUAUACAGUAAGUGACCAUGAUAUCACUUGAAAGUAAAACAUAGGAUUUGAUGUUUGUAAACACUAUUGAACAGUGUAAUUUAUACUUGUAUUUUAGUUUUCAAUUAUAGAUCUGCAAAUCAAAAGUUGAUGUGAUAGGCUUUUUACCUCAGAUUUAGAUCUGUAGACAAUGGUGAAUAGGGCUUUCUUUAGCUGUGUUGAAUGUGGUUUAUACAUUAUACAAUUCAAAUAUGAAUUACUGUUAUGGGAAUUCUGGAAAUUUUGGUGGAGCAGUUAAAUGUACCAAACAUGCUUAGUUGGAGACUUUCAGCUCCUCCACCAGUACCGUAAUUGCCAACAUGUGAUCUCCCAGAAGAAGAUGGAGUCCUAAGACUGAAAGAAGUAUUUCAUCCUGCAGAAAAAGGAGCUGCACAUGCUCCUUGAGAACAAUUUUGCUCCAAUCAAGCCAGCAAUCACAGAAUGGAUAUCAAAGCUUUCUUUUGUUUCAAAAAAUGCUUACUCUUCUCUAUGUCCAAAUGAUAUUUUAAGUAGUCAGUUGUAAGUGUGCAUAAUUUUCCAAUAUUUUAUACAUCAAGUUCCAUUACAAAUCAUAGUAUUGAAUAUCUUAGUACUUUUUCAAUGGAAUACAUGAGAUUUAUGAAAAGUGCCACUCAAGAGACCAUUUACCACAGUCUGUGAAUAUUGUUACCUGCAUUUCUAUUUUGCUCAAAUGCUUUUGAAUGUAAUGAUGAGUGUUUUUGCCUUCAGUCUGCUCAGGUAUUUUAUGUUAGAAUAUUUGGGUGUAUUUUUUCAGUUUUAAUAUUUUGUGUAUUAAAUAAAAGGAAAAAAAUUAAA